UCGUGUCACGUGACGUGUGCAGCGUCAUUCAAGAUGGCGACUGCGGUGAUGCAGUGAUCAUCAAAUUUUCGAUAUUGUGUGGAGCUCGAGCGGAGAGGGCUGGGCGCGAGUCGCAGGUCUCGAGAGCAUCGGAAAACCGAGCAGCAAUAGCGGAUCUUUUUACGCCGAGCGCACGUUGGUCCGUAGCGCGCGCGCGCUGCUUGAAGCCCAGCCGCGGCUGCCUGGCCCUGGCUGCGCUGUGGGGAGGUGGCGCUCUUAAUGUCGCUGGAAUGUUCUUAAACUUUGCGCUCUUCUUGUUUCGCACGCCGACAUGGAACUGAGAGAGUUGAAAGUUUGUCUGCUUGGGGAUACUGGGGUUGGCAAGUCGAGCAUUGUCUGGAGGUUUGUGGAAGACAGUUUUGACCCAAACAUUAAUCCAACAAUUGGGGCAUCCUUUAUGACAAAGACGGUGCAGUACCAGAAUGAGCUACACAGAUUCCUUAUCUGGGAUACAGCUGGGCAGGAGAGGUUCCGCGCCUUGGCACCAAUGUACUAUAGAGGCUCUGCUGCAGCAAUCAUUGUUUAUGAUAUUACUAAAGAGGAAUCCUUUCAGACCCUGAAAAACUGGGUGAAGGAGCUGCGACAGCAUGGUCCGCCCAACAUAGUGGUGGCCAUUGCUGGCAACAAAUGUGACCUCAGUGAUGCCAGAGAAGUCUCAGAGAAGGAUGCCAAGGACUACGCUGACUCUAUCCAUGCCAUCUUCGUGGAAACUAGUGCCAAAAAUGCAAUUAACAUUAAUGAAGUCUUUUUAGAGAUAAGCCAGAGAAUUCCUGUCGUGGACGCCAGUGGGGCAUCAGCAGGAAAAGGCUUCAAAUUGCGUCGAGAUCCAUCUGAUUCUCGGCGCAACUGCUGCUGAUGCUGGCCAUUGGUCAACUCCCAUGUACCGAAGAACUGCGUCCUUGAAGUGGAACAAAGGUGCUCCGGUACUCUUUCACCACGGGAUCCACUGAGUCAUGCUAUGCAUAUGUCCAUGUUCACAUCACAAAAAAGAACGUCAACUGUGCCCUCUGCACAGGUCAAGCAACAUGCUGCACUAUGAGGGAGGAAAAAAAAUCAUGGUAAUGGAAAAUCAUGGAAAUGUUCUCUCAUGGUAUUUGUACUUUCUUUGCCACAGUUGCUAAGCCUAUCCUAUCUGCAGGAAGGAACCCCUGCAAAAUGCAUGCCUUUCAGGACUCAUUCCAUUAAACAGGCUACAUGUCUCGGGCUGUUGAAAACCAUAAUGCUAUACAGCUGCACCACCACCCACUUUUUUUUUUUUUUUUAAGAACUGAAGAAACAAAACUACAUUUAUUAGUGCACUGUUUGUAAAACCCCUUUCCAGAUCUUAGCAUUGUAAGCCUGCAUCUGGCUUCCAAAGCUCUUUACAUCA